AUGGAGAGGUUGAAAGGAUCCCAAUUCCUUGUCGAGUUUUCCUGCAAUAUGAUCAGAACGGUACCCGGAAAUCUACACUGCGCUUUGUGCAAUGUCCUCGUCGCGGACGGCUACAUACGUUCGCAUAUUAACGACCCCUACCACGUGUCCAUCAUGAAGGACGCGAUCGUGCCCCAACCGGUCGCCAAGUCCAAAAUGGCUGCCAAAAAGCACCCGUGCAACCAGUUCAGCAUUCUCACCGAGCUCGCCGAUAGCAAUAGCCCCGGUGUAACGGAGAAAAUCGCUCCAGAAGCACCGAGUGACAAUAUAUCUGGGGGUUUGGGCGGUGGCAAAGUUCCAGACGAGGAGGUGCCACAGUUCGACGUGGAGGAGUUCGUCCAUCUGAAACUGGGAAACCUGGUGAUGAAGGUCAGCGCCUGCUCCUAUAACACCCUGGUCUCGUUGGGGGAUGGCGGCAGGCAAUGUUUCCUCUGCUCCGAGCAUGUACCGCUGGACAAUCUGGCGGUCCACGUGAGCCGGCGCGAGCACCAAGAGAACAUCCAAAAUAACAAGUUCCUGGAGAAACACGAACGGAGUCUUCUGCGGCAGGUGUACGUGACGUUCCACUGCGGCGUUUGCAACGUGUUGCUGCCGCGGCGCGACUUAAACGCCCACCUCGCCUGGCCGGUGCACCUGCAGCACGUGGAACGAGCGAGCGGCAUAAAGAAGAAAGCGAGGAGGGGCAAGAGCCCCGUGCACCACGAGAUCGCUCUCCAGAAGGAGGCGAUGUACUUUAGCGCGGCCGAACCCCAAAUCAAGGUGGGGCAGGCCCUGAAGCUCUCCCCUCAGGGCGUGGUAGGCGCCAGGAGGCUGGACAAACUGGUCAUCAUCAACGGAGACGCCACGAAGGUGGAGUGGCGUGCUUGGCACGGCAUCCGGGAGGGCGAGAGCGGCGCCUGGUGCCGCUUGUGCGAGAAACACCUGAUGAGUGAGGAACUGACAGCGCACACCAAUAACCCCUCGCACGUGGAGUCCGCGCACAGAUUCCUGGUCCAGCACUUCCCCGCUUUGAUACGGACGGUCAACGAGCGGACUGUGAACUGCGUAAUUUGCAACGUCGACUUCGAGGUCUCGUCUGUUCCCGAGCACAUUGGCUGCAGAAGUCAUGUCGAGUCCCACAAAGCCUUUAGGGACCUUAGCUCUAAGGUGGAGUACUUCACAGAUUGCAGCGAUAAGAUCUUAGUGGUUGAGGGUGGGAAAGAAGACCGUAAUAAAUUAAGGGCU